GCCAUCAGCCUGUGAGUAAUCUCUAGACCUCACCCCCUCUUCUAAGCCGUUCUAGGCUGCAGCAGGAAGCUCUCACUCCGAUCUUCUGGCCACGCACAUUCCGUCAUACACAUAAGACAUGCAUCCAUACUCUUUGCCCCUCGCGGUCCAGCCCGCGCCUCCCCCUCUGUCAGCAGGCAAAGGACACAAGGAACACGGUCGUGGAGCAGUUGUGUAGAUAUGGUAUCUUGACUAAUUGAUUACGAACUCGUUUCAGCAACCUCUUGAGAUUUGAAGUACAGUACAUAUCAUAGCCCGCAUCCUGCCGGUUAUACAGGCUCAGUACCUUGAAGAUUUGACUACAAGUCAAGGCAAUACCUUGCAAACACCCAACGAAAUUGUUCUCCGCCGCUCAUACCAUAUCGUCACAUUAGUCCACAACAAUGCCGAAAGACAAAGAGCGCACUCUGAACCCUGCCGCGGCGCAGCGGAAGUUGGAUAAGCAGAAGAGCCUUAAGAAGGGCAAGGCUGAGGCGUUAGCUCGUCGGAAUGAGAAACUCGCCCGUCGCAAUCCGGAGCGCAUUCAGCGCCAAAUCGACGAGAUCAAAGCAAUAGAGGCAUCAGGACAAAAGCUACGACCACGCGAUCAACAAUUACUUGAAGCGCUCCAACGAGAUCAUCGCGCGGUGCUCAAGGCUCGAGAGGCACUAGGAGAUAAGGCUCCUAAAUUCGCGACGUUCGGGCCUAGAAGCGGAGGGGACAACGACGGGGAUGACGGCGGGGUUCUGGGAAAGCGCAGGAGGGAUGGUGGUGGUGGCGGCGGGGGGCGUUUUGGACGGCAUAAUCGGGACAGUGAGAGUAGCGACGAGACGGAUGAGGAGGUGCGAAGGAUACCCAUGCCUCGGGAUACGCCUCCACCAAUUCCGCGCCAGUUCCAGAGGAGGCCAGGCGGCGACCAGGCCGAGGGUGCACGAGGACCACAUGCUCUUUCUGUGAAACCACCCAUGGUGGAAGCAAAAACGGUCUACGAGGCCAAGCCGCAGAUUCGUGACUUGCGACAGGAAGCUAUCAACAAAUUUAUCCCUGCCGCCGUCAGAGCCAAGCAGGACGCUAUACGAGGGCAGGGUAAGCUCUUGGAGCCGGAGGAAAUGGACCGGCUGGAGAAGGCAGGCUAUAAGGCGGACUCGGCCCAGGCUGGCACAGAUGAAACUGCAAAUCACCCAGAAACGACAGACGACGAUGAUGCCCAGAAGCGAAUGUUAGAAGAAGAGGAAAGGAGGUUCAACCAGGAGCUUCGUUCGGUUCAAAUCGAAGAAGUCGAGGACGAGGAGGCAUAGAUAUUUCAGCAUCAAUGCUUAUUUCCACGUCCUUUGUUCCUUGACCCCAGCAUAAUCUGUACAGAGGGAGGGAAGCUGGUCGUCGAUCGGUUAGCGCCUUAUCUACCUAUCCGUACCUACUUUUCCCUCUGUGUCUCUAUCCGGAGCCGGUCUAAAAAGCUUUCUAAGUUGGAGAAAACUGAAUCGUGGAAUCGUGAAUCACAGGUGUAUUGAACUGCCAAUCU